AUGGCUAGUAGUCUUACACGUACUUUCCUUUUCGGCUCACGAGUCGUACAAACAAGUUUCGUACGAACACUUGCCACUGGACAAGGAAAAGGUCCAAUGGACUAUGUAAAACAAGGUGUUGAUCAACUUGGUCAAGCAGCUGAAAAAGUUAAAGAAGCUGUUAGCAGUGCUACAUCAACUGUUGUUGGUGCCGUUACUGGUGACAACAAUGCUAAUCAAAAAGUUGAUGAUGCUAAACGUCAUGGUAAUCGUGCUGCUAAUGAUUUCCGUAAUGCAGCUGAUGAAGCAAAAAAUCGUUCAGGAUAUGGAAAUACAAGCAAUAGUUCAAAAUCUCAAUCAUCUAGCGGUUAUGGAAGUGGUAGUUCAUCACGUUCUGGUAGUUUCAGCAAUGAAACAACCACUGAUAAAAUAAAAGAUAAAGCAAGUGAACUCGCAGACAAAGCAAAAUCAAGUGCGAAAUCAGCUGGUUCAACUGCUCAAAAUUAUGCUAAUCAAGCUGCUAACAAAGCUCGCGAAGUUGCUGAUGAUGUCGCUAGUUCCGCUAAGAAUGCAGCUAAUAAAGCAGCUGAUUGGGCAAAAGACAAAAAACAAGAUGUAUCUUCAGAUUCAAAACGUACAGCUGAUGCAACUAUAAAUAAGGCUCGCGAUGCAGUUAAAAGUGGUGCUGAUAGCGUCAAAUCUGCUGCUGAUAAAGCUGCUAGCAAAACUAAAAAGACCUAUUAA